UUGAAGUACAGGACACAGAAAGUGUGAGCUGUGUUAGAAAGCACUGAGUUUUGUCAGUGAGGGUCUUCUGGAGAGAGAAAGUUACCUUUGUCUACUUACAAUCAUGCCGACAAUCCAAGUAGGACCAGGUUCAGACCUGGAACUGCAAUUGAUCGCAGAUGCAUUGGCAAAGUCAAAGAAAGCUGUUGUGGUAACAGGAGCUGGUAUCAGUACCAAUUGUGGUAUACCUGAUUUUCGCUCAGAAAAUGGCUUGUACUCACUAAUUCAAGCCCAAUACGAUGCUGCUUUGAAGAAUCCACCUUGGGAAGAAUCAAACACCUUUGAUAUUGAUGACAGACCCAAGAAGAAACGUCGACAGUGGUAUUACGAAGUUGUAGCUCCUGAUGGCAAAGUUGUUGACGUGAUUGACGAGGAGAUUCAAGCCGUCAAAGAAGAGACACGUGAAACGAGCUCUGGAUCAACCAACACUACCAAUUCUCGCUCCAGCUCUUCAAAGCCAGUCGACAAUUCUCUCCAAGCACCUAAUAGCCAACUUUCUAUCUCCAUUGACCAAGACCUUCAGACAACAGAUUCCAACCGACGCCGUUCAUCACGUUCUAGAUCUGUCAACGAAUCUAUCAACGCUUCACAAUCAACCGAGAGCUCUGUUGCAACAGCUUUUGUAGAAAGGAUUUUCGUCGAAGAUUUACCUUCGUCAACACAAGAACCGCGCCGCUCAUCUCGUUCAAGAUCUGUCAACGCAUCCACCACUAGGUCACAGUCAACUGAGAGCUCCAUUCCAACGCCUGUUGCAGAAGCUAUUCUCGCGGAAGGUUUACCUUUGUCGACAGAACCACGUCGCUCAUCUCGUUCAAGAUUCGCCAACUCCACAACAUCACAAUCUAUCACCCCGCAGCCAAUUGAGCCUUUUCUUGAAGAAGAAGCAACUCGCGACCAAUCUGUUGAUAUCAAAGAAGAGCUGCACCUGUCGAAAGAAGAUAUACGCCGCUCAUCAAGGUCCAGAUCUACAAAUACCACCAAUUCACGUUCUAGCACACCCAAAUCAACAGAGAGCUCUCUCACUAGCUUGUCUUCAACCACUCCUGAACUCCCCGCGACUUCAUUCCAAGAUUCCUCACAGCUGUCUUUCGACAUAGAUCAGAGCACAUUAUCACAGACUACGGAGAACGGCGAACCCUCAACGCAGACAUCAUCCGUUGGCUCAACGAGCUUGUCAAGAACGACAUCAGAUCUCUCAUCCCGUACGCUACCAAACCUCAAAGGCCGCGACCUUUUCGACAGCAGAAUCUGGGCAAGCCCAUUUGAGACAUCUAUCUUCUACAUGUUCAUAUCGAGUCUUCGAGACAAAAUCCAAGCAGUCGAGUCACCAACCGAGACCCAUAAGUUCCUCAGAGUUCUUCGAGAUGGCGGCAAACUCGUCCGCAAUUACACUCAAAAUAUCGACCUGCUGGAACAACGUGAAGGGUUAUGCCAAGACCUUGAAAAGGGGCCUGGGAGCAAAGCGAGAUUCAAUCCUAAAGCGCAGAAAGAAGCGAGACAGUCUGGACUCGGUGGAAGUAACUAUCAGCAUGGAGGAUGCGAGUCAGUGCCGUUACACGGAUCUUUGCAACGGUUACGAUGUAACCUCUGCGGCAAACCAUCCAGCUGGGAUGAACCGGCGACAAGAAGAGCAACGCAAGAGGGCUCAGCUCCAGAUUGCUCCCGUUGCACCGAAAACAACAGCCACCGAACCAGCCGUGGAAGAAGGGGUGUCACCAUUGGUCGUCUAAGACCAGACAUCGUUCUGUACGGGGAAGAUCACCCCCACGACACUCUGAUCUCAGCAAUUGCCGAGCACGAUUUGAGUCUGGGUCCUGAUGUUCUACUGAUAAUGGGAACGAGUCUCAGAGUACAUGGAUUGAAGAUUAUGGUCCGAGAAUUUGCCAAGGCCGUACAUACGAAGGGAGGAAAGGUGGUGUUUGUAAACCAAACAAAACCCUCAGAGAGUAUCUGGGGUGAGUUCAUAGAUUAUUGGGUGGAAUGGGAUUGCGAUGAGUGGGUCCUGGACCUGAGAGAUCGGAGGGAAGAUAUUUGGAUGGGCGCAGGAGAAGAGAAGUACAAGGAAUCGGCGGUAGAGACAAAACGGAGACCACAAUGUGUGAGAGAUGACAGGACGAAUGGCGUGUACCUAACGUUCAAGAUUCUCGACACACUGAGCAAGGCUCCAGACGGAAAUGGAAAGCCAGCAUCUCGAUUCCCCUAUUGGCAAUCCCGUCUUGCAUCCCGAGUAUCAGACGUAUCGGUCAUUCAGAAGAAAGAGCCUCCAAAGAAGGCACAGCCGACGAAAGCCACCAAGAAAUCCGCUCCUCCGAAGAAGCCCGCUCCUCCGAAAGCCAAAAACAACAAGAGAAAGGCCGAACCAAAAGAGGACAUCAAUAACCUUCCAUCCUUAGUAUCUACAAUGUGGGAAGAUCUACGGAAGAAAGCUCCAGGGCUUCCGGUACAACCUCCUGAGCUUCGACUUCCAUUAAGCAAAGCUUUGGUCAAUGCCCCAGACUGGUACCAACCUUUCGCUUUCUCUGGAUCAUCCAACCAUAUCCCCAAUGUCGGUGGUUCGUCUUGGCCAUUGGAUAAGAUGAAUCUGGUCACACAGCCUCCUUCUGGUUAUAAGCUCACGAAGCCGAAGAUUGAGGGGAAGCCAAAGAUCGACAAGAAGCCGAAGACCAAGCACGGAUAUGGCACCAGAGCAAGUGGGAGAUUCAGCACUGCUGAGACAAUUGUCGUAGAUAGUGGGGACAUUGUAGAAGAGCCUGAAGAUACCAUUGUGGUGGCAGAAGAGCCAAUGACCCCAGCGACGAGGAUCAAGAGAAGUUGCUCGAUUGGAGCACUUGUGUCUAGCAGUCCGGAGCAGUGGCACGAUGCACCAGAAGUGAUGACCUGAGAGGGGAGGGACUUUUGUUGGAGUAUAGGUACGAUAGAUGACUUGAUGAAUGAGAUACCAGAUCCUUGC